UGUACAAAAUGCCAGCUUCACCUGAACUCGUAACUGGCACCCCAGAGCCAGAGGUGCCCAGGAAGUUUACUUUGGAAGCUGCAGAUAUUGCUGUGGUUGUGGUCUACUUUGUGUUUGUGUUGGCAGUUGGGAUAUGGUCUUCAGUCAGAGCCAACCGUGGGACAGUCGGUGGAUACUUCUUGGCUGGACGAUCAAUGACAUGGUGGCCAAUCGGAGCCUCUUUGAUGUCGAGUAACGUAGGCAGCGGUCUGUUCAUUGGAUUAGCAGGAACAGGAGCUGCAGGGGGACUCGCAGUUGGGGGAUUCGAGUGGAAUGCAGCAUGGGUCCUCAUUGCCUUGGGCUGGAUCUUUGUGCCUGUGUACAUUUCUUCUGGAGUAGUCACAAUGCCAGAGUAUCUGAGGAAGAGGUUCGGGGGUCAGCGCAUCCGAAUCUACAUGAGUGUGCUGUCUCUCAUCCUCUACAUUUUCACCAAGAUAUCAACAGACAUUUUUUCAGGGGCUUUAUUCAUCCAGGUGUCCCUGGGGUGGGACCUGUACGUCUCCACUGUUGUGCUGCUAGCUGUCACUGCACUAUACACUAUAGCUGGUGGGCUUACAGCAGUAAUCUACACUGAUGCCUUACAGACUGUCAUCAUGGUAAUAGGAGCAUUCGUCCUCAUGUUCAUAGCAUUCGACAAAGUUGGCUGGUAUGAGGGUUUGCUGGUUCAGUAUGAGAGAGCUGUACCUGCUAUCAUAGUUCCCAACACCACUUGUCAUCUUCCUCGGUCUGAUGCCUUCCAUAUCUUCAGAGAUCCGGUGACAGGAGACCUUCCUUGGCCAGGCCUGAUUUUUGGACUCACUGUUCUGGCCACAUGGGUGUGGUGCACAGACCAGGUGAUAGUGCAAAGGUCUCUCUCUGCCAAAAACCUGUCCCAUGCCAAAGGUGGUUCGGUACUCGGUGGCUACCUCAAGGUCUUUCCUAUGUUCUUCGUCGUUAUGCCAGGAAUGAUCAGCAGAGCUCUCUACCCAAAUGAAGUAGGAUGUGUGGAUCCUGAGGAGUGUAUGAAGAUCUGUGGGGCCAGUGUGGGCUGCUCUAACAUUGCCUACCCAAAGUUAGUUGUGGAGCUCAUGCCAAUGGGUUUGAGAGGUCUGAUGAUUGCUGUAAUGAUGGCAGCACUCAUGUCCUCUCUCACCUCUAUAUUCAACAGUAGCAGCACUCUGUUCACCAUGGACAUAUGGCAACGGAUCCGGCCCCGGGCCACUGAGAGAGAGCUCAUGGUAGUGGGCAGGGUGUUCAUUUUAUUUCUAGUGGCCCUGAGCAUUGUGUGGAUUCCAGUCAUUCAAACAGCCAAUAGUGGACAACUGUUUGACUACAUUCAGGCCAUUACUAGCUACCUGGCACCUCCCAUCACCACAGUGUUCAUUAUGGCUAUCUUCUGGGGGCGAGUAAAUGAACAGGGUGCUUUUUGGGGUCUGAUGGUGGGACUAGUGGUGGGCACUGUGAGGAUGGUAAUGGAAUUUGUGUACAGCACCCCAUCAUGCGGAGAAUCAGACCUGCGUCCUGCCCUGCUGAAAGACGUGCACUACCUGUAUUUUGCACUUAUCCUGCUUGCACUGACAGCUCUGAUCAUCACAGCUGUCAGCCUCUGCACUGCACCUAUUCCAGAGCAACAUCUUGUUCGUUUGACCUGGUGGACAAGACACAGUAAAAGGGAGCGUGUAGAGCUGGAAGACCCCUGGACUAGAGGGUCCAGACCAGCAGGCUCUGAUCCCAGCACUACAGAGUCAGAGGGGUCAGAUGAGGAUACGCCUGCAUGGUGGAAGCGUGCUGGAAUGUGGCUGUGUGGUCUCUCCCAUGCGGCUAAACAAGAGCUGAGUGAGGAGGAACGGCAGGCUCUGGAAAGGAAACUCACCAGUAUUGAAGAAGACCACACCUGGAAGACUGUCUGCAAUGUGAAUGCCCUCAUUUUACUCACUGUCAAUGUCUUUCUCUGGGGGUACUUUGCAUGAAUGUACUAUAAAGAAACUCACCAAUACUGAUGAAAAACACAUCUGGUUGUUGGCAGUUACAUGCCCUAAUUUUAUUUACUGUAAAUGUUUUUUUUUUUUCCCGCUUUAUGUAAAAUAAAAGAUGGAUGUGAUUUU